GCAACUUUUCCUUUUUCAUAAAUGGAAAGAUGAACAGUAAAUUAAAAUAAAGGAAAUCAGUGGAGUAACUUCUCAUAGGAGUUUGUCAUGCAGCUCAUUCUUAAAGAAUGUUUCGAUCAAAAAGAAGAUUAGAAAACCCACCUGGCAUUCGCUGUGAUCAAGUACAGGGAUCAACAUGUCGUUCAGUCAAAUGAGGCCUCGAACAUCCCAGUUGGUGGAGCUCCAUGUUUUUUAUGUCCCAGAAGAAGUGUGGAACUUCAAGCUGAAUACAGUUCCUGUAUCUCUUACCAGCAAGUUUAUCUCAGCUGGAUUUAUAAGGGUGUCUCCUCACAUCACGUUAAGAGUGCUACGGGAGAAGCUUGGAGAAUACCUGGGUGGAGUUGCAGUUGCAGAUAAAUUCAAAUUUUUAAAAUGCAUUGGGAAAAAGCUAGCAGUGGUGAAAGCAAAGCAAGAAACAGAACUGGAACUGGAGUCAUUUGCUCCUCCUUAUGCUCUUUAUCCUGAAUUAUAUUUGCUACCUGGAAUGGAAUACUUUGAAGAUGAUUCGUUAUCAUCAUCAACUCAACAAGGACAUCAUUUUAAUGCAGAAGCUAAUAGGUUUGCUCGUGGAUCAAGAUCAUCCAGUCUUCCCCAGCAAAAACCUGAAAAGAGCAAACAAUUUUUAGAAAGCAUACAAAGCAGUCAUCAGCUGGAAAAUCAGGUAGUGCACAGUCCUGUGGAAUGGAGUGAGAAAGAAACUGUUCCAGUUUUGUCCACAAAACGUAAAGAAGACCAUAAUAACAGGAUUCAAGAAAAACAGAUACAGUUUAGAGAAAAAGAUCAAAAUGGAUCCAAUGGAUCUCUCUUCACACCAAGAAGUCAUUCAGAUCCUGCAGACAGGGAGGCUGGAAAGAGCGAUACGAUAUUACAGACCCCUCAGCAAAAUCAUCCCAGGCAGGAUCAAAAAGAGCGUAACACUCCCAAGUGGAAUGACAAAGCCAAAGGAACUGCUCUUGCUCUUCAUGUAAACCGCAAUGAUGAACAAGGCCAGAAUAACCAAACGCGCCCAGAUCACAUUCAGUAUCGCAAGGAACUAACAAACAUGGAAAAUAAUGACCACCAAAAAGAUACCAAACUAAGAAGAGACAGGACACAGGAUACCGAAAUUCUUAAAAUAAUGGGAGACCAAACCACAGAAUAUGUACACAAAAAAAAAAGCUUGCAGCAAUACAGAACUAGCAAGUCUAUAGCUGAUCCUGGUGAAAAACUGGAUAAUCAGGCAGAUAAAAACAAGCAAAAUCAUACUUGUCCGAAAGAAUAUUAUUCGCCUCCUACUCCACCUUUUCUGGCACUUUCUGUAAAUCCAGCUCAAGUUCCUGCAAUUCAGGUAGCAAAAAACAAGAUGGUAGAACAAUUGCAACAAAUGAAGAAAGACAGAAGGCACAUGGAAAAAACUAGAGAAGAACUGAUCAAAAGAGCUAAGGGGCUACUGGAACAAAAUAGGCUGAGGAGAUAUCACGUUCGCGAGGAAUGGAAAAAGAAGUACUUUGAAACUAAGAAAGCUACGGUUUCACUGGAGGAUGCUUUAAACAAACUGCGACAAGAUUUAGAACUUUACCACCAGAAAUUACUCUUGCAAUUGGAGGCCAGAGGUAGCCGAAAACAACCAAACAAUAUGACAAACUCCAAGAAUUACACAAUUAUCCGGAUUACUACAGUGCAGCAUGAACUCGAUCAACUGAGGAAGAAGCUGGAUGAUACAAAAAUGAAACUCAUAAUAGAAAUUAAGCUGAGAAAGCAGGCAGCAUCUGAUUUACGAUCACUGAGGGCAGAACUGACCCAGAAGAAGAUUCAUUCAGCUCUAAUUCUCCAGUCCAGAAAAUCAGGAAUUUAAGAGGAUGCCAUGACUUACUUCAACAUCUGUGAACUCUACAGAAGCUCUGUGAUGUAUAUAGAAGCUCAUAGUUUCAGAGCAUUUGUUUGUAUGUUCUUGAAGUUAUCUUGUAAGAAGACAUCAACUAUAUAAAUGUUGUGGAAUUUGUAUACUAGGCUACUGAGGUACUGCAGCUCAUUUUUUAAAUCUCGCUCUUAUUAUAAGAUUAGUCAGCUACUUAAACAUACAGUUUAACCUAGUAAUGUGUCUAAAACAGCUUAAAGCUAAGUUAUUUUUAAAGUGCAAAUUAGUGAAUUGUGUAACAGCACAUUGGUAUGCCGAUGUUCUUGCAUUAACAAAAUACCUACUAAGCAAAUAAACCUAUAACAUCCUGUUCUUAUUUUCAGGCACACACGCUACAUUUUUGGAAAACGAUUAAAAUACAUCUGUAGAACUACAGCAACAGUAAUCCUUUAUUUAGCUAUUUACUGAGGUAUAUUUAUGUCAUUUUAAGUAUGCCUAUCUAUAAAUUACCAAUGUAAUAUUACUGCAUUAUUAUGGACAAAAUCUCAACUAAUCUCACCUUAUUUCAUAUCUAGAGGUUUUUGUUCUCUUAUUAGGAAAGACACAUGGACAUUAACCUUCUUCUAUGGUUAGUGGAAGAGACAAGCUUUGUCUCGGACAAGCUGCAAUGAUGAUCCUGGAGCAGUUUACAGUAUCGCAUACUCGGUUUUUCUUUAAGUUCCAGCUCAUGCACACGCUUAGAUAACAAUUCUCUGAAAGAGUAAUCAGAAACCUCUUCUUGAUAGUAAUGUUUUCUAGCUCUCCUGUUUGCCCCUUUGCAGUACUAGAUGUUAUUACAUUAAGCAGAACAAUAACAUGCUAGGAAUUAAUGUCAGCUAAAAAGCUGACAAGGCUGUAUUUAUUACUGGAAGUGAAAUACUCACGGGAAAGCAGUAAUACAGUAAGAAAAUAAUGCAACUCUCAAAAGGACUAACUUCUAAAUGUCUUGAGUCAAACCACCCA